CGCUAGAGGAAAAUCAUGGAUGGUUUGUCCCGAGGUAGGGUAGAGUCUUCGAAGCUACAAACCAUUUAAAAUGGGGUUUCCCAUCGCGUCCUUGGCUCGAGGACUCCCUUGGCACAGCUCACUCUUCUUGUUCCACUCCUCUUGUUUCACCCUUCCCAGCUGUGUCGCAUGGCUAUCAUGAAGUUUAUUACUGCCGCGGUCGUUGCGCUGUCAGGCCUUGCGGCCGCUCACGCCACGGGUCCUGCUUGUAAAGCGCCCGCUGCUUCGUGCAAGAUCAUGCCGGCGUCGUCCUCGAGAAUCUGCUCUUCGAUCAUUGCAUCCAAGCAUAUCCACGUAUCAACGUGCACCGCGCCUGUUGGCACAACAACCAAGACUUCCACGAAGAUCGUGACGCCAACGAUGACCACCACGAAGACGGUGAACCCCGCAGCCGUUACAAGAACAGUGACUGUCACUGCUGUCGUCACUGACCCUAUUACCGACCACGAUACCACAACAGUCUGGACUACUCUGACGUCCGGCUCUGAGACCACGGCAACAGAAACCGACACCACCACUACCACUACUACCACGACCUCUGUGGAGACGGACACUUCAACAGCCACCGUCACAAGUACCUCAACCUCUAUCUCGACUGUGAGCUGGGCUCCAGCAGCUUGCACCCAACAACCUAUUAGGCGCUCAGGAGAAUACCAAGCGCGCGAUAUCCCGCGUGACUGCUCCUGCUUCCUCACUUCAACCAAGUCAUGGGGCCCGAAGGCCACUCACGUGGUUACUAAAACCUCAUCGAAAUGCUCCACAAAGACCAUUACAAAGACCAUAACCAGAGGGGCCACACCAACCGUCACAGUUACGAAAACCACCACCACACAUGUCAAUGGCGCUCCGCCACCUGAGCAGACGGUAACAUCUACUGCGACGUCAACCGUUGUUGACACAGUCACCAUGACCAGUCUAGCUGAAGAGACGUCCACAGAGACAGUGACCAGCACUUCCACCGUCGUCACCUCUACUACCAGUGUCAUAGAUGCUACCGCCACUCAGACUGACAAUCCUUGCAGCCCAGCCAGCGUCUCCAAGUACUACAUUAAUGGCAUCCCGAGUAACCCUAACGUGGUAUUGGCUUUCCAGGGCGAUGCAAAUGAUGAUCCCUCGUCGUGCUGCGAGGACUGCAACGACAACGUAGACUGUGCGUACUGGUCAAUCUCUAGAGAUGGAUCAUUGUGCCAGGGUUUCUCUGUUAGUCGCAGUGCUCCUGUUCAAGGCUGCACGUCGCAACAGUGCCCUCGGGGUCAUCCUCUGAUAACUGUGGCUGCCUCGCAGGAUGGCAAUAUCUAUGGCAUGGGUAAUUGUGGAGUCAUUGGAGUGCUGGCGCCCUAGGAAAACAUGUAUAAUUAGUAUGUAUAAUACCUUAUAAUUGGGUACCUACUUGAGGUCAAGAAAAUACGUUCAAUCUU